GACAUGGAAAGAACUAGCAAAAUGAAAGGAUCGAAAAUUAAGAAGAAACUGAUUGAAGUAAAAAGGACAAUCGAAAGAAAAAAUAACCCUAAUUUUCGUUCCAAUUUUUCUCAAGAAUUUCUUCGAAGAUGAGAACUUUUUCAACAAUCUUUCUCUUGACUGAAAGAUUUCAUUUCUAAUUCUCUUUUUUGUUCACAUUUUAUCUCUCUACUCAGUUUCAGGCUUUUUGGGAUUAAGAAGAUUUUGCUAGAAAUGGAAGGGGAUAGAAGAGAUACUCUCAAAGGACGUCAAGGUACCCCAUUUAAGAAAAAGGGUUUGAACAAGAAAGGAAAAUGGGGUAAUCUUAGGCAGGAACAUUUUGAGAAUAUUCAGGUUCCUAACCCUACUGAUACAGUUUAUAGGAUACUUUGCCCUGCGAGGAAAAUUGGUAGUGUUAUCGGCAAAGGCGGUGGUAUAAUCAAAGUAUUGAGAGAAGAAACUAAGGCAAAGAUAACUGUUUCCGACUCAGCUGGGCCGGAUGAGAGGGUGAUUAUGAUUUAUAGUCCCCCCGGAAAGAGCUCAAAGGAAGAGACUGAUGAGGGGAAUGAGAUUUCUAUGCCGCCGCAAUGUCCUGCUCAAGAAGCUCUUUUAAGAGUUCAUGAUAGGAUUAUUGAAGAAGACGUGCUUGGUGGAAGGGAAGAUGGUGACGAUAAAGAGUGCACUGUUACUGCUCGUCUUCUUGUUCCGAAUAAUAUGGUAGGAUGCCUUCUUGGAAAAGGUGGUGAUGUUAUCCGGAGAUUGAGGACUGAAACGGGUGCCUGCAUACGUGUGCUUUCACAUGAGCAUCUUCCGUCAUGUGCCUUGCUUACAGAUGAACUUGUGCAGAUUCAAGGAAAACCUACAAUUCUAAAAAGAGCUCUCUAUGAAGUUUCGACUUUGCUGCAUCAGAAUCCACGCAAGGAGAAAGCUAUAAAUGUUGCCCUGCCUUCCCGUGCCCAAGCGUUCCAUACUGUUGGGCCACCUCUAACAAAUAUGUCUUCACUUCGUGGAGGGGAAUCCAUGUGGUUGCCUCGAGAUAGACACAUGCCACCACCACCAUUGAUGGAGGACUAUCCUCGCGGUUCUAGAUUUAAUCAAGGUGCUUUUGAGGAUGAUCUGAACAGGUCUGGUGUUGAACAUUCGGGAGAGUUUUCCUUGAAAAUUUUAUGUUUAGUCAGCAAAAUUGGGGGAGUGAUUGGUAAAGGAGGCAUUAACGUGAGACAGUUACAGCUGGACACUGGUUCAAGUAUCCACGUGGAAGACGCAUCUCCCCAGUCAGAGGAGCGUGUAAUCCGUGUUUCAGCUUUUGAGACUUUGCGAACUCAAAGAUCACAGACCAUUGAUGCAAUUCUUUUUCUUCAAAAUAAAGUUAGCGAUGUUUCUGAGAAAGGUAUAAUUACUACAAGAUUGUUGGUUCCUUCUAAUAAGGUCGGGUGCCUCCUUGGUCAAGGAGGUACGGUUAUUAAUGAAAUGAGAAGGAGAACACAGGCUGAUAUACGUGUUUUUUCAAAGGAUGAAAAGCCUGAGUGUGCUUCUGAAGAUGAAGAGCUUGUGCAGGUGUCUGGAAGUUUUGCAGUAGCCAAAGAUGCUCUCGCAGAGAUAGCAUCUAGGCUGCGGGCAAGAUGCUUGAGGGAUGCUGGUAUUGCAGCAGAACCAACUCUACCUCCUCCAAGAUCUGUCCAAGGAUAUGGUCCCCCUGGAGAUUUUCAUCGAGGAGGACUUCCAGCACCUGGUCCAGUUGGGAUGGGCUCUUUGGGUAGCUACAAUUCUGUCGAGGGUGGCAUGCAUGAUUACAAGCCUCCUAGCUACACUGUCCAGCCAAGUGCAUCUAGGUACCCCAAUCCUAAUAGUUCUGCUGAGGGUCACUACCCCAAUAGUGGGAUAGGUUCUGCUCCUGGGGGAGGGAGCUUCUAUUCCAAUACUCCCGAGGCUCCUGGAAUAAGACCGAACCAUCAUGAUCCAUACCCUGGCGGGUCAGAUCGUACAGGUGACAUCCGUGGCGGCUCUGAUCAUUAUCCUGCUGCCCAAGCUAAUUACAGUAGUUAUAGCGGACCACACAAUCUUUAUCAAGGCUCUUAUCCAGAUCCGAAAGGUCCGCAUCAGGGCACUUAUUCAGAUCCGAAAGUACAAGGCUCUUAUAACAAUUUGCAUCCUCAACCGACUGCUUAUCAAAGUCCUUAUCCUAAUCAAGUUCCUUACCAACAGAUUAAUGCACCACAGAAUCCCUACAGAAACAUGAAUGCUCAGGAUGGCGGUUAUCAGAGCGUUGCAGCCCAGGGUUCUUACCAAUACUAACCUAUAAUUCCGAGCAUUUUUGUACCAUAUAGCUUAAUUAGUUUGUCAAUGCUAUUGAUUGCAAGGUAGCAAAUCCUACCAUGGUCGUUUAGAGGUGAUUUUUCAGUUCUAUUUACCCCUUGUAAUGCCCCCUUGGAUCAAUGUUCUGUUUUGUUGUACGUGAGUGUCAUAUAUAUGUUGGUCUGCCCCAAGAAAUUUGCAUAUUGUAAUUUUAGGUUCCCAGCAUUUACGAUAUGCAUACUUAAGUUAUUAUGUCGACAGUAGCGGUUUUCCUCAUAUCGGAAGCCCAAAAGGUGUUGAUGUAUAUUAUAUCGGCUGACACAUUGGAUUAAUCCUCUCUUCUGGUGGCGGAAUUAGGGGUGCAACAAACUAAUAUCUUUACUGAUGAUUCGAGGAUACAAACCUAGAAUGUAGUCUGCUGAUCUUUUUUAUUUGGUUGAAUAGCGUUUAAGGAAAGGAAGGAGAGAGAAGAGGGAAAGGAGAGCGAACAGAAGGGGAGGGAGAAUAAUUUUUUUUUCUUUAAUUUUCCAAUGUUGUAAGGAUUUGUUUAGUAUAAAAUGCAAGGGAUUUUUCCUCUUUUA